AUAACAUUUAUAUUUUAUUACUGUGGAGGCGAAUUGGUCAAUCAUAAUAUCUUUAUAAUGAAAAAAAGAAAUAUGAAUUUGUAUAGAAUGCAUAUUUAUUGAUGAAACAUUUAAUAUUAAGAAAAUAUGAACAUAUUGUGCUUAUAUUGUGCGUAUAUAGAUAUUAAUACUGAAAAUGACAGCAUCCUAUACGCUAGGAAGUGAUAUCGUACAUUUAAACGUAGGAGGAACUAGGUUUUCUACGUCUCAACAAACCUUGACAUGGAUACCUGAUUCAUUUUUCACUGCUUUACUAAGUAAUCGAAUUGCCAGUCAUCAAGAUUUGGAUGGCGCAUUAUUUAUCGAUAGAGAUCCACGAAUGUUUUCUAUCAUUUUAAAUUAUCUACGUACCAAGGAUAUUAAUUUAAAAAACGUUGACAUUCGUUCUUUAAGACAUGAAGCAGAAUAUUAUGGUAUUACGCCUUUGGUAAAGCGAUUAAUGUUAUGCGAAGAUUUAACUCAAUCUUCAUGCGGUGAUGUGCUUUUCUCUGGUUAUUUACCACCACCUGGUAUCCCAUUACAAGAAUCGGCAACCAUUCCCCCAAAUAUCAGCGAUGUUUCAGUUCACGGUAGAGUUGCAACAACAACUUCUACAUCUAGGACAGAUACAGCCACUACUUCGCAACCUAUAAUAUCUUCAUAUCCUUGUAAUCAAAAUACAAAUGGACAACAAAAUCAUAAAAGACCAAUAGCUUCUCAUGUGCGCAAUUCAUCGUUAGAUUAUAGACUUUCUCAACGUGGCUUACCUCAUUCACGAACUCCCUCUUUAGAUUUGAGACAUAUUCGAAAUAAUUCAGCAGAUUUAAAUAAAUUAUACAAAAAUGAUGUCGGUGUAAUAUUUGGACCUCAACAGGUUUCAGCUUGGGUAGAUCCUUUAAGAGUGCAAAUUAUAAAAGCACAUCAUAAUUGGAUAGUUGUUGCUUAUGCACAUUUUAUAACAUGUUAUCGAUUAAAAGAUUCAUCUGGAUGGCAGCAUGCAUUUACAAGUCCACACAUCGAAUCUAUAAUUGAGCGAGUAGCAAUAAAUGCAAAAAUAGGUAGUGGAGUUGACGGUAAAAUGGUAGCUAUUUCCUAUGGAAGUCAAGUGAGAUUAUGGAGCGUUUCCGAAUAUGGCAUUAAAACAAAUAUUGGUACUUUUAAUUUGAAUGUCCGUGUGGAAUAUUUAUUUUUUAUUGGUAGCCAAUUAGUUGCGCUUUCACCUACUGGAAAGAUUGGUGUCUGGCAUGCGAUGACGCAUCAUUGGCAAAUCCAAGACGUAGAACCUAUUCUAUCAUUUGACACUGCUGGCACAUUUCUUCUUCUUGGUUGUAACAAUGGUUCUAUUUAUUAUAUUGAUAUGCAAAAAUUUCCUCUUAGAAUGAAAGAUAAUGAUCUUCUCGUAAGUGAAUUGUAUCGUGAUCCAAGUUAUGAUCCUAUUACUGCUAUAUCAGUCUAUUUAACGCCAAAAACAACACAAGGUCUCUGCGGAAAUUGGAUUGAAAUUGCUUACGGUACAGAAUCUGGUAGUGUCAGAGUCAUUGUCCAACAUCCUGAAACUGUUGGUCACGGACCACAAUUAUUUCAAACAUUCACCGUUCAUCAAAGUAGUGUAACAAAAGUAACAUUAUCAGAGAAAUAUUUAGUGUCUGUUUGUUCUGAAUACAAUCAUGUAAGAACUUGGACAGUGACAAGAUUUCGUGGUAUGAUUUCAACGCAACCUGGGUCAACGCCUGAAGCAAGUUUUAAAAUAGUAUCUCUAGAAGCAGUUGAACCCUGCGUCAGUUAUUAUGCUGGAAAUGAUUUUGGUCCAUUUGGCGAACAAGAUGAUGAGCAAGUUUUCGUUCAAAAAGUUGUACCUGAAACUGAUCAAUUAUUCGUACGAUUAGCAUCGAAUGGAAAAAGAGUUUGUGUAAUACAAUCGGUUGAUUGUAGCAUCAUUAGUUCAUUCUAUGUUCAUGAAUGCGAAGGAUCUAGUCGAAUGGGCUCCAGGCCUAGACGUUUUAUAUUUACUGGGCAUUCUAAUGGUACUAUUCAAAUGUGGGAUUUAACAACAGCUUUGGAUCCAUCCUUUCAUCAAGAUAAAGUAUCAGAUGUAUCAGGUGGACCUACGCCAGAAGAACUUUGGAAAUUGUUAGAUCAAUGUGAUCUAAGUAAUAGUCAUUGCUCAACACCAUGUAUAAGUCCGUGUCCAUCGCUCGCAGGUGUAGGUGCAAGAAUUAAAACAAGUAAUGUUCUAUUUCUUAAUCAAUCGCAUAACACUGAGGCAAUAGCUGGAUCUAGCCAGCAACAAUAAGUAUAAGUUUUUUAUCAUUAUAUUAAGUUAUUUGAUUUUUCUUUCAUUUUUUCUCCCGAUUUUACGUAUUUUAGCAAGUUAAUACGCAUUUAUAUAUAUACGUAUUUAUUAUCAAUUAUUUGUCAAAAUUAAGUCAUUAUAGUUAUAGUUCCUAUUUUAAAGCCAACGGCUGAUAAUUCUCUGUUAAUUAAAUGAUCAAAUAAUAAAAUAGUAACGUACAGAACUGACUAUAUUUUAAGA